GGAGCGCCGGUUCCUGUGGGACUUCUGGCAAGAUGUCAUUGCCAGUGACUUCUGGGGUGACUCCUUAACCCCCACUCCUUUUGGAAGCCUCUUCCAGGCGGGGAAACCGAGGCCAGGUGGGGGCGGGGCCGUGCUUGGGCCAAUGGGCGCGCGCCCCGCCCCCAGCCAGCCUGGGCGGCCUGGUAACCGCAACCCGCAGCCUUGCAAGCCUCCGAGCCAUGGCGUGCGCCGGGCUGCUCACUGUAUGCCUGCUCGGGCCACCUGCGCCCCAGCAGCCGCGACACUCUGCGCCUGCCGCGGGACACGCGCUUUUCCAGGACGUUUUCCGAAGAGCAGACAAAAAUGAUGAUGGUAAGCUCUCGUUUGAAGAAUUCCAGAAUUACUUUGCUGAUGGGGUUCUCAGCUCUGCGGAGCUGCGGGAACUGUUCAGCGGCAUCGAUGAUCAUCUCACUGACAAUUUAGAGACAGAGAAACUGUGUGACUACUUCUCCACACACCUGGGUGUCUACCGGCCUGUGCUAGCUGCGCUGGAGUCUCUCAACCGUGCGGUGCUCACUGCCAUGGACACUACAAAGCUGGAGUAUGAACAGGCCUCCAAGGUGGACCAGUUUGUCACACGAUUUCUGCUGCGGGAGACUGUGAAUCAGCUACAAGCCCUGCAGACCUCCCUGGAGGGAGCAUCAGACACCUUGGAGGCGCAGGCCCGUGGCCAGCGGUUGGAUGAAGAAACUAUCAAAGUGCAGAGUAGGCCCUGUGGCAGCCGGAGGGCAGGACGCAGAGCCCUAAGGAGCAUCAGUUGGUCACCGUCCUGGUCUCCUGGAUCCUCUGAUACAGGGCGGAGUUCAGAGGCUGAGCUGCAGUGGCGGCUACAGGUCAACCGCCUCCAGGAGCUCAUAGACCAGCUUGAGUGCAAGGCACCCCGGCUGGAACCCAUGCAUGAAGAGGACCUUACCAAGGGGCUUGACUCGCACAUCCUUGUGGCGCAGAGGCAAGUGCAGGUGGCAGAGGAUGCCCUGCAGGAAUUUCAUCGUGCUUUGAGCUGCUACAUGAACUUCACAGGGGCCCAAAGCCAUUGUCUGCAUGUGUCUGCCCAGAAGAUGCUAGACAAUGCUGCUUUCACCCUGUAUGAGUUCUGGCAGGACGAAGCCUCCUGGAGAAGGCACCAGCAGUCACCCUGCAGCAAGGCCUUCCAGCGCACCCUCAUCGAUCACCUGCAGGCCCCGGACACUCUCACCACUGUGUUCUUCCCAGCCUCCUGGUGGAUUAUGAAUAAUAACUGAGUCAGUUCUGCUUAAGCUGGAGACUGCAGCCCUGCCCUCUGAAGCCCUCUGCACUGGUCGACUCUACACUAAAAUCAUGGGACCUGCCUGUUACCAGGCUAAAGGCCUGGUCAGCUGGUAGAGGGUCUCUCAGCCCAGGGAUCAGGAGCUAGGCCAUUUGCUUGCUUUAUUUAUUUUACUGUUUGUAGCUUCCAAGCACCUGGGCUUCUGCCUGAUUCCGGAAACCCGGAUUCUGGUCCCCCUUCCCUCUACCUUGCUGUGUGACCCAGGCAGAUCCCUCACCUCUCUGGCUGCCUAGGAGAGUCCUGCUUUCUGCUUGCUGCUUUGGGGUUAAGUUUCUGUUCUUCCUCAACCAGUGGCAGAACCAGGACUGAUGCUCAGGGACACCCCCCCUCCCCCCUCAAACCCUGGAACCUUGACCCUUGAGGCUAGGCCAACUCAGUCUAUAGUGUAGAGACCCAUGGGGUCAGCCCUAAAAUUUCUACCAUCAGUGGUUGUACCAGAGACCUCUGGAAGAUACUGGGUCGGUUUGCAUGUCAUUUGCAUAUCAUUUGCAUGUCUUAUCCCACCCAUUCUCAGGGUACUAAGGGAAGCCCCAAGAAGACCUUGCAGAGUAGCAAUAAUUUGGGCCUAGAGUUGCCUGCUGCCCCCACCCCCCCACCCCCCAUCAAGAGAUCUCUGAACCCCAGCCUGGGCCUUGAGCACAGAGGCAAUAAAGCUGGUAGUCACCUGUG